AUGAACCCCAACAAAACAAACUCGAGCAGAAUACGACGGAACCUCGCUAGUAAUGGCCAGACACCACCUGACAACCGCAAUCGUGGGAGUUCAAACAAGAGAGGAACAGUCAGUUUAGAGCGCUCGCCAAACAAGAGAGAUGACCUUGGCCAAAGACGUCGAGUUUCCACAGGCGAUGACAGCUUUCUAUCACAAUAUAUCAAAUCACUUGAAAUUCAAACAACUUUGAACGACCAUCAGCUAUAUUUUAAAGCUCUUGAGAAGCAACGCAAGGUUAAAUCACUUGAAGUAUAUCAAAAGUACUUGAAUUCAAAUAAAAAGGUUGAGCAUGAAAGAAAUUACAAGCAAUACUUGACGAGUAAGAUUAGUCCCAGACUACAGCGUCGUGAUGUACUGCCAUUGGAGCAUUCAAACAAAGACACAACAACUAGCAGCACAUCCACCAUAACAACAAAACCCGCCGAAGAUGAUAGGAUCAAAAAGACUAGCAAAGUGACAGUUUCUGAACCACAAAAGAGGAAACCACCUGCAACUCAUAUAACUCAUCAACUACCUUUAGAAUUUAUGGAGUGUCCUAUUGAUUAUCUCAUAGAUCUAAUAUCACGAAUGCUACAGUCAUUAAUCACAUUGAAUGAUAAGUCAGUGCCCCGUUCAAUCUCCAAUCCACCAGCAUCAUCAUCAACAGCAACACCAACAGCAGCAGCAACAACGGCAACUUCUUCAACUAGCAAUGGAUCACAAUCUUCCAAUAACUUGCUAACGAGAUACCACUCACGUACACCACCCGCAAUAUCUGCAUACACAUACCUCUCACGUCUAAGCAAAUUCAAUAACUUCAAUCCGGCGAUUUUGCUAACUACGAUUUACUACAUUGAUCUAUUAUCGCACCAAUACCAACCAUUCUUCACUUUAAAUUCAUGGACGGUGCACCGGUUCUUGUUGGUGGCGACCAUGAUUGCCCAGAAAUCCUUGGAGGAUUUCUUUUAUACCAAUGACCAUUAUGCUAAAGUUGGGGGUGUUGCACUUGGUGAGUUGAAUUGUUUGGAAUUGGAUUUUUUGAAUCGUGUGGAUUGGAGAUGUGUUCCUGGAAAGCAAGUUUUGAAUAAGGUUAGUGGGGUGAUUUGUACGAAUAUUGGUCAAGCUAAAGAUGUGUUGGAUUUGUAUUAUAGUCAGUUGAUUGAUUUGAUGGGGAAGAAUACGCAGUAUGGGAACCAUAAUGGGGAUGAACUGCAACUGCAACUGCAACUGCAACUGCAGAGGUUGGCGGUGUGUUAUGUUAAAGAACAAAGUGGAGGCCAUUAUGAUGGGGAAACGAGACGAAACGUAGUGAGGACAGCAGGUGGAACUCCUGUUAAUGGUGAAGAUGUAGAUGAAUAUAUUCUGGAGGAUGGAGAUGGAGAUGGAUAUGAAGAAGAAGAUGAUGAUGAUGAUGAAGAAGAUGAUGAUGAAGAUGAUGAAGAGGAUGUUGAUGAUGAUGACGAUGAAGAGGAUGAUGAAGAUGAAGAAGGUGACUAUGAUGAGGAUGAGGAACAUGACAAUCUAAGAGGCGUUGUCAAUGGUAAUGCCCAGCAACACUCAGAGUAUCCUCACCUGACUCCAGCUUACGAUGAGAAUGGGUUUAUCAGGAAUGGAUUCUCAUCGCCACAUUUGAAACGAAGAUACGGUGGUAGUCCAAGCCCAGAGUGA